AUGGAACGCACACAGGAGUCUCUCGACUCUUUGAAAUGGUAUAGGAGAAUCGCAUGGGGACCCUCAAUUACACUGGUUGUAUUACCAGUGUGUGGCAUCGUUGCUGCGUUCUGGGUCCGGCUUUAUGCGCCAACAGCUAUAUUCACCCUGGCGUAUGGCUAUAUUGUUUUGCUUUCCGUGACAGCAGGAUAUCAUCGGCUAUGGUCUCACGGAUCAUAUGUUGCGUCGAUACCACUGAAGAUAUUUCUUGCCGUCAUUGGUGCAGCAGCCCUGCAAGGCCCCAUCAGAUGGUGGGCUUGUGGACAUCGUGCCCAUCACCGAUUUACCGACACAUCGGAGGACCCAUACAAUAUCAAAAAGGGCUUUUUCCAUGCUCACAUUUUGUGGAUGCUUCUCAAGCAACCUAAACGCAAUCGACGAGUCGAAAUAUCUGAUUUAUUGAAGGACCCGGUUGUUGCCUGGCAGGCACGAUACUACAUCCCGCUAGCUGUGGGAAUGGGCUGGCUGUUCCCCAUGGCUGUUGCUGGCCUUUGUUGGAAUGAUUGGUCUGGUGGAUUUCUGUACGGGGGCAUCCUUCGAAUGUUCGUAUGCCACCAGGGUGUGUUCUGCAUCAAUUCUGUCUGCCAUUUCUUCGGUGACCAGCCGUACGAUGAUAAAUUUUCUCCCCGGAAUAUUCCGCAUCUUCUGGCAAUGUGCACCCUGGGUGAGGGAUACCAUAACUACCACCAUGCCUUUCCGGCGGACUAUCGGCUGGGAGUACAUUGGUAUGAUCUUGACGCCACUAAGUGGAACAUCUGGCUGUGGGGGAAACUUGGCCUGGCACGGAACCUCAAACGCUGUCGGCAAACCAAGGUCGACAAGGCCAGUCUUCGACAGAUGCAAAAGGGGCAGUGA